UUGAUAAUUUCUAGAAGCAAGCGGGACCAGCAAGUUUCGCAAUUUCGUGUAAAAUCGUGAAUUUCUUGUAUCUUCAAUGUGAAUAACCGUGACGCGUCCCAUAAUUUAGUUUCGUGCAGCUAAAAGACAGCUUAAAUAUAACGUUUCCACUGCAUUUACCGCCGCCAUGGCCUCCGACAGCGAGCCGGAAUCGCCGCCAGAAUUUUCCGCCAGCGAAGACGAGUGGAACCCGGACCAGGAGGAAAAGAAAAUAACCGGUUUCAAAGCCGCGGCAGCACCGGUUAAGCAGAAAAAGCAACAAGUUAAGAAGUUACCGACGCGUUCAUCCCGCCGAAUUGCCACCAAGUUGGGGAAGGAGCUGCCCAAGGAGGAGAUUGUGGAGGCUGUGCCGGAACUGCCACCUGAAGAGGAUGAUGCGGUGUCGACGGAUGGCGAGGAGGUCGUUUCGACGAGGAGGAAGCAACCGGUGGCGAAAGGUAGAAGGGGACGGAAGCCGAAGCAGGUGGCGGUGAAGGUGGCCAAGGAGGAUUCGAUCAAGCUGACGACGUUUACGGUGGAGGAGUUGUAUCGGAAGUAUCGGCCGGAUUUGGCGGAACCUGCGAAGCAGGAGAAGGUUAAGGUGGUUAGGAGGAAGGUGAGGGAGGAGGACGAUCGUGAUGAUGAUGAUGAGAGCAGUGGGGACGAUUAUUUGGUCGAUCCGGAUGAGCUGGAUUUGAAUUCGGAAUUUUUCAAUUCCGUUACUACAAAGGAGGAUGGGAAGGGACGGGGAGAGGUCAAGUUUGAUUGUAAUGCCGGGGUGAGUGUGGCGGAGUCGGAGGAAGAUGACGAGGAGGAUAAGCCGCUGAGUUCGGUUAAGAAUGCCGAGGUGGACUCGACGGAGUUUAAUAAGAAGCUCAUUCAGCAGAUUAACCAGUCGAGCCAGGAUUGCAUGACGAUGGUCAAGUUGGUUGAGGUUUCCAAGCGGAUCGAACGAGAACGCGAAGAGAUGGACCUGCUUCGGAGGAAGCGUGAGCAGAAGGAGGUCAAGAAGGGGGAGGAGGAUGUUUCAAACUUGCUGUUGGCGGGGGAGAAAGUUAAGGGGAAGGUCGUGAAGCAUUCCGGAAGGAGCGAUUUCGUUGCGGUUGACGGAGGGAAGAAGGAUAAGGACCGGGAAAAGACGGUUGAGAUUACGUUGAAGUUUGAAUCUGCGGAGCAGAAUGGUAGGUCGGGCAAGAAGAAGAUGGACCUUCUGACCGCGAUCAAGCGGAUGAUGAAUCGCGAGAAGCGACAGAACCAAAUCUACCUGCACAAAGUGUCCGUUCUUUGCUGGAUUGGCCAUGGGACGUUCCUCAAUCGAACGCUGAGCAACGCCAACCUUAUCAAAGCGAUCAACAAACGCCUGCUGCCCUCUACGACCAACUGCCGGCCGAAAGGCCUUACAAAUCUGCACUAUUUCGAGCAGGUAACGCGUUACUUUCGCAAGGCCGUCCGCCUCAAGAACCACGUCAUGUACUUCCACCCACCAACCAGCGCCAAACUGCCUCCCCUCUCAGCCACCCUCAAGUAUCAGAUCCUCCAGCGAUCGGCCUUCUCCAAGCGCGACUACAUUCUCCUUUACCUGUUGAUGCUCCGCUCCCUUUCAAUUCACUGCCGUCUCGUUAUCUCCCUUCCGGUUCCCCCAAAGCACGUCCCAACCAGCGACCUCUACCGCAUGAAUCCACAAACGCGCGAAGAACUCGAAGCGGACCGGCGUCUCCUGCUAGACUUCCGACGCGCCCACCUCGCCCCCAAAGGAAGCACAAUCCACAAAGUCAAAACCCAACUAACCGCCAUGGUCGACAAAACCGUCGAAGCUCGUCGCAAGGAAGCGGCCCGAAAGCGCCGCCGCGAGGGCUUCUGCGCCACCAUCCCCCAGCUGGACGGCGGCCACGACCACCUGCCGGAACCGAAACCGCGCAAGCAGCUGAAACUAAUGGAGAGUUCCUUCCUCGAAAUCGAACAAAACAUCGCGCGAAAGUUACAAGGCAAGACGAAACCAGCGAAAAAACCGUCAACCGACCAAAUUCCCUUCCCGGACGAACUCGACGAGCAGGUGAGGGCGCGUCGCGAGAAGAUUCUGGCCGCGUACAAGGCAUCCAAGGAACAGAAGGCGGCGGUGGCGGCCGCCAAGGCAGCGCAGGAAGAAUACUGCGGAGAAGGAAGUAGCUCGUCGUCUUCAGCAAGAAAAGGGCGGCGUCCCGGCAAGCGGAACGUUACCCGGUCCGGGAUUGACCUCUGGGUUGAGGUCUACUGCGAGCACGAGGACAAGUGGGUCACGGUUGAUGUCAUAGCCGGGAUGGUGCACUGCCUGGAGCAUACCGUGAAACCGGAUAUGGACCACUCGGAGCAUCACGACUACAGCCAGCACAUGUUGAUGAACCAUAGCGGGGCGGGCAGCGGAGCCGGAAUGCACGACCACAGUGACCACCACGGCUCGAUGGAACACAGCCUGCAGGAUCACACGAUGAACAGUGGCGUCGUCGCGACUGGACAUGGCGGACACGGUCACGGGCACGGCGCAGCUAGCGGCGGGAUGGAAGGAAUGGUGCACCACAUGAUGUCGAUGGCGUUCCACGGCGGUUACAACGAGACGAUCCUGUUCGAGCAGUGGAAAAUCGACAGCCUGGCCGGUCUGCUCUGGUCGAUGCUGCUCAUCUUCGCGAUGGCCGCCCUCUACGAGGGCCUCAAGUACUACCGGGAGCACCUGUUCUGGCGGACGUACAACGCCCUCCAGUACCGGCCCGUUACGGUCACCGAGAAGAGCCCCCGCAACGGGAACGUCGUUUCGUCGAACAACAACGGGAACGGCCUGGCGGGGUCUGGGUCGGCUUCCGGUGGUGGUGGCGGCGGCUCUCUCGACGGAAUCGGUGGCGGCGGGGAAGGCGGCGACGACGGUUCCCGGGUUGUGCACAUGGUCGGCGAAGUGAUCCACAAGCAACCCAGACCCACGAUGCUGUCGGUGAUGCACCUGUUCCAGACCUUCCUGCACAUCGUCCAGGUGACGCUGAGCUUCCUGCUGAUGCUGAUCUUCAUGACGUACAACACGUGGCUGUGUCUGGCCGUGGUGCUCGGUGCCGCCCUCGGUUACUUCCUGUUUGGCUGGAAAAAGUCGGUGAUUGUCGACGUCACCGAGCACUGCCACUAGCUCGGCCAGCCAGCCGGCCAGGACGGGUGAUGCUGUGGAAAUCGGUGGUGAUAGCACACGCCGGAAGUACCGACUUCGGGGCGUGCGAACGGAAACUCAACACAGAACAUUUUUUAUAUAUUGCGUAUUAGAUUUACUAUAUCUUAUAUUGUGGAGAAAAGACUUGAGAGAAAGCGGCGUGGUUCGAAUUUCACUGCACGUGGUGGAAUUGAGUUUGGGGAGAAUCCAGUUUUUUGUUCGUUGUUUUGUGGUUUUCUUUUUAACACACAAUGUAUUUUUUCAUCUUUAUUUUUUAGAUAGAUUAAGGUGAUUCUCAAAACUGCAAGAGAUGCAAUUCCGCCAGAUACACAAAAAAACACAAACAUAACAUACCUUAAUUCACGCAAGAAAGAAAAAUUAUCAUGUGGAAAAAAAGAGCUACAAUAUUGUAUAGAACAAAACAAAACACUGUUAACUGUAUUACUAUUGCUGGUGGCCAAAGUGUAGUGCGUCUCACCAAAAAAACAAAAUCAAACAAUGAAAAUUACACUGUAACAUAAAAUGUACAACACAGGAAUUUGUAACAUAAAAGCGUUAUACAAAAUUCAACAAAACCAAGGUGCACAAGUUCACGAAACUAUUCACGAAACGGCCCGAAAAUGUUUUAAAGACAGAAAAGUGAGCGAAACGAACGAAAACCAUUCCAGCUUGCUCUUUCGCCAAGUUUGGGCGAAUUCCGGUGUUAACAAGCUUGCUCCACCGAUUGAUUGCAGCGUGCAACAGGAAGUCUUGGUAGUGGGAGCUCAAUUUCCCUCUCUUUUUUUCUUCUUUUCAGCGGAAGCAAAGUUUGCUUUCACCUGGUGUUUUUUUCCCCCUGUAAUUGUAGGAAGGAAAAAGUUUCUGAAACAAGAAAGCACUUUCGGCGAACUUUACAUUGAUGAAAUGCAGGGUUGUAAUGGAAAAACAUUCUCUCGCUCUUUCUUUCUCUGCGAUUUUUGAAACACUUUAGAAAAAAAUAAAUUUCGUAACUACAUUUAUCAUUUUAUUUUCUUUAAAAAAAUAAAGCAAUUUUCUUAUUAUUUUGAUUAUGACAAAAAUGUUUCUUGCCUGUACCUUAAUACAAAUUACAAAAUGACAACGAAUUAAUCUUACUUUGCCUAGAUAAAAAUAAUCUUUCCCGAGCAGACGGAAAUAACUUGGGAAUAACAUUUUUUUGAUAUUUGAAAAUACUAGGCCAACAACAUUUUAUGUUAUUUAUAACAAGAUUUGUUAUUCGUCGUUAAAAUUUUUUUGUUAUUGGAUUGUUAUUGUGAUAACAGACUAAUAACAUUUUAAGUUAUUCUACGAACAAAUCAUUGUUAUUAUUUUUUGUUAUUUUAACAACUAAUCCGAUCAUCCCAAUAACAGUUGGAGGUAUUCUUCCAUAACAAUAAAUGUUAUUUCAAAGUUGUUAUGGCUUUCAACCAAUAUCAGACCAAUAACAAAUUGUGUUAUGAUAACAUAAACUGUUAUUAAACCCUUAUUGAAAAAUGAAUUUUUCAAGAAGAUUCCAUAACACUUUCUGUUAUAUUAACCGUAUUUGUUAUUGAAAUGGCAUGAAUUUUGUUAUUACCGUUUGCCCGGGUUGCUGAUUUUCUGUGCCCAUUCAAAAACUCAAAAUAUAUUUUUUUUAAUAUUGAAAAUGCAUAAAAAUAUUUUUCUGCCACUCUGAAAGCGCCUAGGCUGAUUCGAUUCCUUAGGAAAAACUAAGUAACUGAACAUUUUGAGCGAAUUCGGUUAAGGUUAAAGGGUCGCUAAAGAUCGUUAAAGUUAGUGAAAAAAAUCUUUUCAUACAAAAACGUCUUCUUUAAAUCGCUGAUAACUCGUCAGGGUUAACUCGGAAUGCUUUGCGGUAUUCAACACGUUCAAUGUCACCUUUUUGUGGAAUUUUGAAAAUUUAGCUUUUCCCCAUACAUUUUUGCGGUUUUUCCCAUACACACUUCAACGAUAAAAAGCGACCCUUAUACCUCAACCGAUAUGGCUCAAUCGAUUGUCACAGUUACCUUUUUUUACCUAAAGAAUCGAACCAAUAUUUUUAAAAAAAAAUCCAAAAUUUUCUUUUUCUUGUCACCUUACUGUAGCAGCAUAAUCCCAGUCUAAUACAAAUCUUUACUUUCCCAUAAUUUCGCUGCCGGCCAUUGGAUGACCACAAAAACACUCAUUUUUAAAUUCCCAACUAUUCCAUAACCGCAAUUAAUAAGUAUUUCUUACUUCGAGCCAAACAUUUCACAUUCAGGAUUAUCCCACUAUUCCAUUCAUUAGUACACUCCCUACAUGCCCUCCAACAAUCAGAUUGAUAGCAAACAAUUUCCUAUUGAAAAAAUCAAAAACACAAAAGGGCACAUAACGAAGUUCACUCCAAUCCACGCAAAAAUGUUCAAUUCGUGCUUGCCAUUUCAUUAGGGCAUAUAACUUUUUUAGACAAGAGUGUGUCCCUUUCACACCUUAUGUAAACUGUCAUUUGAGUGAAAGGGAUACAAUUAUUGUUUACAAAAGUUAUGUGCCCUUUUGAAAUGUUAGGCUCCAAUUGUGCCCUUUUGUUUUUCGUUAGUUUUUCGUAGUUGAGGAACUUUUGUGUUAUAAAGUGAACUUUUCAUACAUUCUUAACACUAAUUCACUUCAAAACAAUGUUUGCUUUACUUUUCACCAAGGAUUUCUGCAGAAAAAACAUCGUCGAAAUAUAAUAUUUAAUACGGUCCCGCGGCUGCUGUUCAGUGCACUUUUGUAGAAUUUUUAUGUUUCACAUACCUUAUCUACACUAUUCAAUCACAAAACUUCAGCAAUUAUCAAAAUUUCCACUGAAAUCCUCCUAAUUUCUUAAUUAACAAAAGGGCCCAUAAACAUCAUUCAAAACAACAAUCCGGUGACAGCGCUUUAGUGCCCUUUCAGUUUUCUUCGAAAUUGCAUUUAGAAAGGCCCAUUAUGAACAACAGUUGGAAAGUUAAAAGGGCCUAAUAACGAGAUUUUUUUUAAAUUAUGAGUUUAUUGCGAAAAUCGACGUAAAUUAAGAAGCAAUAAAGCAGAGUUGAGGAAAAUGAUGGAAAAGGAAUUGAAACAUAUUGUCCACUUUUUCCAAGCGAUUUUCUCGAAUCGCGGUUUUUGGUUUUGUGCCCUAAUGACAUGUUUGGCUCGACUUGACGAACAAUUUCAAAUCACAAACCAUUUAUGGAAAGUUAAUAUCGACCAUCGAAAAAAAAAAAUCUAAACAAACUUUCAAAAAUAUACUUUAAAAAAGAAAGCAUUCAUAAUUUUGGUUCAAAGAGAACACAAUCAGUGUUUAUAAAAUAGCUAAAAGCUUAACAAAAUAUAUAAUUGUAAUGUUUGUAUUGAAAGUUGCCAAACAUAAAGUUUUUGUAACUUUGUGACAGCAAAGAGUUAAAAAUUACUGAAUUUUUAAUUGUGUUCCAUUUUUUUUAAAUUUUUUUUUAAAUAAUUUUGAUAAAAUUUUGACAGUUGGCUGAGCUUGUCUUUCACAUCCGAUCGAAUGAGCGCAACGCAAAUUCACUCACACUGUCUUUUGAGUCUCUCUCAAUCGCGCAGAGCACGUUCGUUUGAAUUUUACCGAAAUUUCAAUCAUUUGACCCAUGACUGCAUUCAAGUGAUUGCUGUCAUCACACUUACCCACACUGGCAAGAAAGAGAAAGAACAUGCGUCGUCGUGUUGCCCGGCUGUUGAGAAUGUUGAGCUCGGUCGCAUCCAAAUGACGAUCAUACAACCACGUCAGUGAACAAAUUUGGUCGAUGAUGAGGGUUGGCUCCCGAGCUCUCAAAUAUCUGCAGUUUUUUGUCAAUGACCGAUCACUUUUCAAGCAUUGGUUGAUUAUCGAGUUGCCAGUAAUUCGUUUUUAUUAUUUUCAAAAAAAAAUCCAGUUUAUUAAAACUCCAUGUUUUUCGAGUGGUAAGAAUUAUGCAAAAUAUUUCAAGAGACAAACUCUUUAAACAUAUUCAUCUUUGAAAGUUUUCAUUCAAAACCCAAAACUUUCGAUUUUAUUUGAUAUUUUAUUUUUUCCGAUGAUUGGAAAUUAGGUUUUUUUCUUUUUUUUACUUUUUUUAAAGGAGUCAAACAUUUGGAAACAAAAUGGAAAAACGCUUUUUAGGCCAGUUUUGAGAAGUUUUCAUUUCUUUUCUUCAGUAAUUUUAUUCGUUAUCCAUUUGGCUAAAACGUCGUGCUCACGAGAGGGAAAGAGAGAGAGAGAGAGAGAGAGAGAGAGAGAGAGAGAGAGAGAAACUGUUGGAAAUCUCCUGGCGAGAAAAAGAGAACGAUCAAAAAAGCAAAAAAAAAACACGAUUCUACCGAGGAGAGAGAGAGAGUUUCUCUCAAUCCACAGAGAAAGAGAAAAUAGUUCGAUCGAAAACAUUUAUUCGAGUCGACCGAACUGCUUUUGCUUACUCAUUUGAUGCACUGAAUCGGAGGAAAAAGCAACUUGUUUACACUAACUAUUAAACAUCGUUCCAACAAAUAAGGAAUAGUUUAUUGGUGCGGCUUCGUCAUUUCAGUUAAGCUUUAACCAACUUCAUUUCCGUUUGCCUUAAAGUACUUCUUGAGCUUCUUCCGCUUCCGGAAUUCAAUUAGUCGUCAAAUCGUUUCUAAAAUAUUCUGCAGAGCAACACUAUUUUUUUUGUAUACUAAAUUCAGCUCUGGCCUAGUUACUAGAAAAUUUGCUGCACCUCGCAUUUUAAAAAUCAGAUCAACAAAACCAUUGAAACAAAAAAAAAUCACACCGAAACUGAACAUGAAAAGUGCACAACGUUCCGAGUUCUUCCAAAAAUCUUACAACACAACAACAACAACAAAAAACAAAUCGUGUAGUGGUGCUCCGAACAAAGUUUAUCUCACUGUUUUCUUUUAUAUUUUUUUGUGGUUUUUCUUACAUCGUUUAAGUUUUUCAUUUCACACGUAGCUGUUACGAAAACAAAAUUAUGAUAGAAUCAUGAAAACAACACUUUAGUCUGCUAGUUAAUAUCAUUAUGAUGUAUUCUUGUUUUUUUUAAUAAGUAACGAAAAAAUAUACAAUUUUAAGUAGGAAGAAGAGCAUGUUUAAAAAAACGUAAA